UAGCCAAUCCCCUCCUUACUGCCUACUAGCAGGAAUUCACUGUAAACCUAUCGAUCUGCUGGAUCAUCUAUCCCUUAACCAAAAUACCAUGCUGACUGUUUGAAGCCCUACUAUUCCCCAUCAAUCCGCCAUGGCAUCUAUUUCCGUUGGGGAAAAUCAGCUGCAGAGGAUCAUCAGAGAUCUUCAUGAUGCUGUGGCUGAGCUUAGUAAGGAGCACAGGGAGACAGGAGAGCCCGUCACAGACGACAACUCCAGCCUACACAAGUUCUCCUACAAACUGGAGUACCUGCUGCAGUUUGACCAGAAAGAGAAGACAACUUUUCUCGGUAUCAGGAAAGACUACUGGGAUUAUUUCUGUGACUGUUUGGCAAAGUUAAAAGGAGCUAAUGACGGCAUUCGCUUUGUCAAGUCUAUCCCUGAGCUCAAAACUUCGCUGGGAAAGGGUCGAGCCUUCAUCCGCUACUCGUUGGUGCACCAGAGGUUGGCUGAUACCCUGCAGCAAUGUCUGAUGAACCACAAAGUCACCAGUGAGUGGUACUAUGCCCGCAGCCCGUUCCUGAAAUCUCACCUAAGCAUUGACAUCAUCAACCACCUGUACGAGCUGAAUGAGAUCCAGUUUGAUGUGGCUUCCAGAGGUCACGAUCUAGACUCUGAUUGGCCCACAUUUGCCAGGAGGACACUCGGGACAGGUGUCUCCACUUCUCACCUGUGGAGACCACCCAGUCGCUGCUCCAGUGUCAACAGCCUGGUCAGCAACUACUCACAGUCCCUACAGCAGCCUGCUGAGUUCCUCCCUGGGCCCGACUUCAGUCCGUGUCUGCUGGGUGAGCUUAGCGAGCUGGGUAACCUCUCCAGUUGCAGCGCAGCCGACGACCUGCGCGUGGAGCUCGACCAGUCGGAGCUGCGGCAGCAGGAGCUCCUCGAGCGUGUGCGCCUGCUCACUAAGGAGGCCGGCGACCUGCGAUUGGUCAUCUGCAACCUCGAGGGCCAGUUGUCUUCCACAGAGAGCGCCGGGCAGAAGAAGAAGCAGCAGCAGCAGCAGUGUGCAGCAGGCGUGGUCAGCGGUCGGCAGGAGGUCGCACACAACCAGCAAGCGGAGGAGACGAAGGCCAACGGGGAGUUUGUGAACCACGUCGUCCAGGCCGACGCGCCACCAGAGGUCCUCGGCGUCAGGGAGGCGUCCGAGAGCGACUUGCAGGCCAAGCUGAGCGUCGCCGAGAAGAGAAACAUGGAACUCCUGGCCAAACUGGACGGGGCGCUGACCGAGAAGAGUCAGCAGGCGGCCAGCUACUGCGACUCGGCCUGGAAGAUCCAGGAGCUGCUGGCCAAGCUGAAGGAGGCCGAGGCCGAGCGGCUGGAGGCCCGCCAGCGGCACGAGGAGCUGGGACAGCGUGCCGAGCGCCUGGCCCAGGAGCUGCGCCUGCGCGAGCAGAGCCCUGCGCGAGCGGGCGAGCGGCUGGCGGCGGCUGAGGAGGAGCGCGCCGGCUCGCUGCGGCAGGCCGAGGAGCUGCGGGCGGCGGUGGCCCGCCUCCAGGGGGCGCUGUCGCUGAAGGAGCGCGAGACGGGGAACCUGCGCACGCAGCUGCAGGACCUGCAGGGGGCGCUGGAGACGCGCGAGCGGCAGGCCGAGGACCGCGAGGCACUGCAGCAGAGGAACCAGAGCCUGAAGGAGGAGCAGGUCAAAAGUCGCGAUGCCCAGACGGAGACGGCCAGCGCGGGGCCCAAAAAGGACCCGACGGCUAAGAAAGUGGAGGACUACAAGGCCCAGUGCACCACGCUGAUGGAGCUCAACGCCAAGCUGCUGCAGACGGUCAAGCGGAACGAGGAGAGCACGCGCGAGCUGGCCCAGGCCCGGCAGGCGGCAGAGCGCGAGCUGGCCGCGCUGCGCGUCUCCGAGGCGCAGCUCCGCACUCGGCUGGAGGAGGCCCAGCUGCCCCUGGAGGAGCGCGAGAGGAGGCUGCUGGAGGAGAACCGGCGGCUGGAGGAGAGCGCCCAGCAGGCCCUGGCCCGGGCGGAGGAGGCCGAGGAGGAGGCGCGGAAGCUGGAGAGGGAGCGGGAGGAGCGGAGGGAGGAGCAUGCCGAGGCCAGGGAGCGGCUGGCGUCGCGAGAGGAGCUGAGCGCACUCACGGCACGGACCGCCAAGCUGGAGGAGAGACGGGCCACCUCCGAGGAGAAGCAGGAGGAGCUGCGGAGGCAGCUGGAGGAGGCCGAGAGCAGGAGCAGGAGCGGCGAGGAGGGGGAGGGAGAGCUAGGAGCGUCCGGCCAUGCGGUGGUGUCCAGGCUGGCCCUGGCGGAGGCCCAGCGGGAGCUGCAGUUGCGGGAGGUGCUGCGUCUGCAGGAGGAGGCCUCGGGGCUGCGCGCCCAGCUGCAGCAGAGCACCGAGGAGCGGCUCAAGACGCAGGCGCUGCAGGAGGUGACCGAGGCCUCGCGCGAGGACCUGCGUGCCCAGGCCCAGCAGCUCAAGGCGCAGGUGGAGGAGAUGAACCGCCGGCACGUGGACGAGCUGCUGCGGGGCCGCGAGCGCGAGGAGGCCCUGGCCGGCGAGAGGGACCGCGAGGCGCGCGAACGGGCGGCGGCAACUUCGGAGGCGGCGGCGCUGCGCGAGGAGCACGGCGUGCUCAAACGGCGACUCGACGCGCUGGCCGUGGAGAACGCGGAGGCGCGCGAGGCCCUGCACCGCGCCAACACCGAAACGGCCGAGCUGGGCGUGCACGUGUGCGCGCUGACUGGACAGAACGAGGAGGCCGGGCGCUGGGAGGCGCUCUCUGAACGUCUCCGGCAGAUGGAGGAGGAGGCGGCCGCAGAGGCGCGCAGACUCAACACGAGCCUGAAGACCCUCCUGGAGGAGAACAGCAGGCUGCAGGAGGAGCUCAGGCAGGCUCAGCCGCUCCCCGCCAGUCUGCAGGAGGCGCAGGGCAACCUGGAGGAGACGCGGGGGAGGCUCCGGAGUCUGCAGGAGGAGAGUCAGCGGGAGAUCCAGGACCUCAAGCUCCAGCUGAGCAGCAGCGGCGUGCAGCACGAAGCCAGGCUCCAGUGCGCCACAGAGGAGCUUGAGGGUGUGAGGACACAACUGGUGGCCGCGCAACAGCAGAUUUCAGUUCUCCAAACUAAGCUGAAGGAAGUGGAGACCGUAUCUUUGAACAGCGGCCAGUCAUUUGAGGUCACAAACACCCACGUUGCCAACAGUGUUGUUCUUCAGAAAGAGGAAGAAGUGAGGAAACUGAAAGGAGAUGUAUCCAAAGCGGAGGAGCAGCUGGCGUUGGCCCAGAAGGCCUGUCAGGACCUGAGUGAGAGCCUGCGCCGCACUACCGUGGAGAAGCAGACGAGCGAUCUGAAGACGUCGGCCGAGAUCGACGACCUGCACCGCACCAAGAGGAACCUGGAGGAGAGGCUCAUCGAGCUCAUCAGGGAUAAAGAUGCACUGUGGCAGAAGUCGGAUGCGUUGGAGUUUGAGCAGAAGCUGCGUGAGGAGGAGCAGACGGACCGUGAGCAGAGCCACUGCCUGGGCUGCCACAGCCAGUUCAGCUGGUGGCUCCGCAAGCACAACUGCAGGCUGUGUGGACGGGCCUUCUGCUACUACUGCUGCAGCAACACGGUGAGCACGCAGCAGGGAGGGACGCGCGAGCGCUGCUGCAAGGACUGCUACACGCAGCACAGCGCCGUGGUGGAGCGCCACCCGCAGGAGGAGCUGGGCACGCCGCCCUACCCGCCCUUCAACCCCCUCACGCCCCCCAGCUCCGCCGGGCCCAGUGUCAGAGUGGCCGAGCCGCCCCCCAGGGCACCCGAUGACGGUGUGUUUGACAUUAUCACGGAGGAGGAGGUGAACUGCAUCUAUGAUGGCGACUCACUCUCCUACACCACUGCCUGCUCUCCCGGGACUGGACGACAGGAGGCAGAAAAGUUGAACAGCAGCACCAGUGCCGAUGACGCCACAACUGAGGAACCAGAAGAGAUUAUCGCCACUGUGCAGGACGCUGAGCUGUGCCUGCUCAAGUCUGGAGAGCUCACACUGUCAGUGCCCUUUGGUGUGGAUGAGAUCGCCCAGUUUGGAGACGAGUUUCGGGAGCUGUUCGUGAAGUCCAGCUGCUACAGUAUCAUCCCCAUUGCUGUGGGCAGUGCCGGUCCCACUAUCAGCUGGGUGUUCUCCUCCGAGCCCAAGAGAAUCUCUUUCAGCAUGGUGUACAGAGACAACACUGACAUCCCCCUGGAGCAGGGCAAGGUGAUGAUCCCUUUGACGAGAUGCAACUCUCACAAGGAGACCAUCCAGGGGCAGCUGAAGGUGCGAAGUCCUGGCGAGUACACCCUGAUCUUUGACAACUCCUUCUCUAGGUUCAUCUCAAAGAAAGUGCUUUAUCGCCUGUCUGUGGAGAAACCAGUGGUGUACGACGGCAGCGACUGUCCUUAAACACGCACACAGAACCCUCAACCUCCAGAUGUGUCCGUAUGCAUGUUUGUGCGCGUACGACAGUCAUACAGACAGACAGAUGGCAGCGGGUCUGGGAGCUGCUGCCUUCGGGUUUGUGUGGCACCUGCCAAGACAAAGAAGAAGAAGAAUGUGUGUUACUGUAGCGAAUUCAGUAGUGGCCAGAGGAUGGCUUUCAGGGUAGAACUCUCCAGAACAGCAGAAUGUUCUCCUGUGGAACCUCCCUGUCUAGAACCCAAAGAAUAGAGCAGUAACCCAAAGCCACAUGUGCAUACGGUACUUGGGGGAAAAGGUGUAGUCUUGACAGAUGAUCAUUAUUACUAUAGAAAGCUCUCCUAUAUUUAUCUCUUUUCGAGAGUCUGUUUCAUAGGAAAUCUGCUAAGUUUGGAAUGAUGUGUUACAUAGUUUGUAUUUUUGGUGAAAUAGUUUGUUUUUAAAGGUCAGGUUGUGUCAAAAGAUAUAUAAAGGAACUGAAGUACACAACAUAAUAGAUAAACUUAUCUAUGAUAUGAUAUUGCACAAAACUGUUUUUCUAAAAACAAAAAAGUUGAAUUUUUUUUUAAUUUCCACUGACAGCUUGAAGCCUUUUGCAGAGAACACAAUUUUUGUCUUAUUGUAGGAAUGUUUCAAGAUUGAUUCUUACCAAGUCAGCCUUGACUGUCAAAUAUUUAUACUGACUUAUGAAAUGCCAACUCUUAACUUUCAUACUUGAUGGCGAAAGUUUAGGAAACCAAUGUGAAGGACCGUUUCAACUGAACGCUUGAAUUGCAUAGCAUGUCAAAACUAUGUAAACAAGAUAAGCUAUUCCUUGUGGUGACUGGAAAUAAUGCAUGUAUGCAUUGUGGCUGUCAUCUCUCAAACGGUAUUGUGUAAUAACAUAAAGGUCAAUUAAAGGUAAAUUAUUCUGUACUGAUAAAUCAUUUUAAUAGGCUAAGCAAGGUUAGAAGAGUGAGUGUAUGUAUCAGUACCCUUGUUACCCUCUCAGAGAGCUGACAGAAGCCUUCUCUCAGAUUGGACUGGACUCCGCCAGAUCAGGGCCAGACCUGCGCCAGGUGACCACACAUCUCCGUUCUGGUGGCUCUCACGUAGCUGAUGGAGACUGAUGGCUGUGUUCCGUACUCCCUUGAAACAUGACCAUCCUAACUAAAAGAGAGAGUGUUCACAGGAAUAGCACUUUGUCGCUUACAGAUGGCCAUUGCACAGUGCUCUUUGGAGAUACAUUGUUGGCCAAUAGGAAACACUCACAGACUUGGCCGUGGCAUUGCUGGCUGGUUCUCCAUAAUCAAAUGCAGGUGGUUUUCCAGACCUCUAAUAUCAUUUUUACAUUGAACACAUUUUUUGUAUUCCAUUGAAAUACAACAACUUUUAUUUCUCUCAGCUGCUGAAAUUCUCAGUGCAGAUUCAUCUCAGUGCAAAUGAUGAAUGUCUUUUAUUAUGACUUUUUUUUCUGUAGAAGAGAAAGAGUCCUGGAGCCUUUAGUAAUCAUGCACUUUUUGAAUGUCCAUUUUUCCAAACUGACCGCAGGCAUUGCCAUCAGCUGCACUGAGUUGAUUGCUCCAGAUUGUUGCCUAUGGCUGUUUCGAUGUAAACUUCAAAACAAGAAGAACCCUAUCUGUCAGCCACUACUCUGGAAGAUUUCAAGUGAACCUUGUGAAUGUGAUUACAUCAGUAGUAUGGUGUGGUACUUUUUUCUUUUUUUUCUGUUUUCAUUUUUCAUUUGACUUUUUUUGCUGUGAGAACUGAAUGUACUGUACUGUGACGUACGGUGUGAAUCUUCAAUGAAUGGACUGUCCUGUAUGUA